UCCACAUCUCAGGCAUUGGCAGACUCUCACCUGGAACUCUGUGGGUAAGAGGAUUCUGGAAAAUCAUCCAGAAUUCUCCAGGAUGCAGAGGAGACCACAGAAGAGGGUGGCGGUAAAUCUGAGUUAGAAACAAUCCAGAACAUCACGUCUGCAAUAUUAUCAUCAUCACCUUCAGCAUGAUGGUCAUAGCACAUUGUCACUUCCACUCUACGUCAUCCCACAAUCUUCAGCACCCCAGCUGUCCUUCCUGCCACUAACCAGUCCCAACACCGCCACUACCAUGCCCAUCACAGCAGCCCCACCCAUCUCCUCCAUGAGCCAUCACUGCAGUCACCUCCCUCUCCCCAUUGUCCCUUGCAAUGCAAUCCGAACCGCCCCCCCCAGUAGUGUCUCUCUGGAUGCUGUUUCACAUGUGCAGAACCUUCCUGCAGGAGUCACUCCCCCCAGGGAAGAUGGCCUUGACCAUGUGACAUGAGCAAGACUGACAUUCAUUAUGUCCUGAGAGGUAUGUGAAGCUUCACCCAGCUCUUCCUUGCACCCCAUCUGCUAAGAGGGGAUCUGUUCCAAAUCAGAGCCGCUCCCUCAGCCUCGGGCCUAGAAUGAGAAGAUACGGGGGGAUACGGUUGGAGCCCGAGCAGCUGACCCGUGGGUGUGGACAAGUCAAGUGGGCAGAAAAUAAAUGUCUGUCCUAAGCCUCAGAGAUGUAGGGGGUGAUCAAUCGCCAUCACUACCAGCAACCACACCCAACACUCUUCUAGAUCCCAUCACCACCCAGCACACCUCCACCAUCUCGGUGGACCACACCCCUCCAGGCCCACAAUUACUGCCCCUCCACUGUGACCGUAACCACGAGCACACUCCAUGACAAGCAUUUCUACCACUGUCACCAACGUCCUCACCACCAGUGUCGCCAUCACCUCCAUUAGCGCCACUGGCACCACAAUCCACACCCCAAUUACCAUUUCGCCCCUGCCCUGCCUCCACACCAACACUGCUCUUCGAGUCACCUCUGCUGUUUUAGCAAUGCCCUGUCCGUCACCAGGCCCCCCCCCACCUCGGGGCUCCCCACGGUCGCCAUAAUCGGCCAUGGGGAACGGGGGCGGGGUGUGUGGUUAUCUUAGUACCACCAGACAAGCCUGCCAGGAACAGGCUCUAACUGGAGUGACAGAAACAUACUUAUGAACACACAGAAAUAUCUGCACCUGAGGCUACCCCCAGUGGGUUAACCUGCCAUUGGUUUCCUCAAGUGAAUGACAUGUUAGGGAUGGACCAGGGCCCACAGGGCAAGUCAUGCUCCUGGUGAGGGGUGUGUGGGUGACAGCAUUUAUCACCCUUGGGUGGGUUUGCAAAGUGUCUCCAGUUUCUGCCUUCACGCCUCUCAGCAUGUGGGUAGGUGAGAACACGCUGUCCCCUGCUAGGUGCUGGAACACAGCGCCCAUGAGCAUAGAGGGAGCAUAACCACAGGGAUGAAGAGUAGAAAAAGGAGGAUGAGAGAGGGAGGAGGGAAGAGAAGGAAGAGGAGUUAAGACCAAGUGGGCCAAACAGCCACAGGCCUCCCCCAACCCCGCCAGGGCCCAGGUGUUUUCCAUCCUACUUGGGGGGGGCGGGGGAGGGAGGUGAAGGGAGGAAUAGGUGGUAAUCAGCACUGUUAACUGAGGUUUCUAAAUACGACCCAGCUUCAGAACAAAGAGAAGUUGAGGCGUGCAAAUGCCUGGGAACACCUGGUUACCUCCCUCAUCUUGUUUCCCAGGGCGGCCAAAAUCACACACCGGGCCACGCAAAACCACAGAAAUUCACUCCCUCACAGCAAUAGGCUGCGCACCUCCUGGGAUCUGGGGGAGCAUCUCUGCUCCUCCCGAGUCAGGGGACUGCUGGCUUCCUUGUGCUGCCUCCAACACCAUGCCCCCUUCUCUUUUUUUCAGUGUAUCUCUCUCUCUCUGCUUUUCUAAGGACACUUGUCAUUGGAUUUAGGACAACCCCUCCAGUAACCCAGCAUGACCUCAUCUUCAGAUCCCCAAUUUCACUGCAUCUGUAGGGACCCUUCUUCCUAACAAGAUCACACUCACAGGUCCUGUGACUUGGACAGGGACUGGUCUUUUGGGGGCCACCAUUCAACCCACUAUACCCACUAACCUAUAUGUACUACCAAUCCUAUUUUUCUUAUCUGAAUUGAGUGGAACGCUUCUUUCAGUUUGCAGUCCACCACACCUUCAUGCAGCCCUAGGUUAGCAUCUCACUGACUUACUGUGUGACCUUGAGUCUGUUGCUGCAUGUCUCUGAACCUCACUCAUUCAACAAAUGUAUACUGAUUGCCAAGCACUGUCCUAGACUCUGACAAACAGCCCUGCCUUUGUGAGGCUCAUCUCGGAGGACAUGAUGGGAUAAUGGGGUGCAAGCGGGAUGACCUCCAGCCCUGCCCCCACCCUGCCUGAUUCCCUUCCUCAGCCCCUCACUCAACACGGACGACCCAGCCAUUGGGCCAUCCCAGGAGGCCCUUUCCCCCCUCCGGACCCCCAUGGCUGACCCUUGUUGCCCACUUCGUGGGGAUCCCAAGGCUGGUCCUGCCUCUGUUCCCAGGGCUAAGCCAGCAGCCCCAGUGGCUACAGUUCCCCAUCUGGGCCCCCCACGCUCAGCCUCCCGUGCGGGGGUGGCCUGGGUAUGAGGCCCAGCUGGGGGGGCAUCUGCCCCGCCCAGGGCUGAUGUCACAAAGGGCCAGCCUGCUCUGCGGCGGCCUGGUGGCCAGGCCCCAGCGGCAGUGCCCUCCCCUCCCCCCGCCCCUCUAGCGGAGGUGCCCACCUGUCCCUGCACUGGUACUAUGAAAGGAUAAACCCACAGGCAGAGCCGCCCCGGAGCCAGCAGACUCCAGCCAGGCCCCUGUCGAGGGACCCACACCACCGCUGCCACCUGUGCCCACCAGCAACCCGGGCCCUCGGCCCGCAUCUCCUUGCUGCUGCACCCCUGCCCUCGGCAUGGCCAACUACUAUGAAGUCCUGGGGGUGCAGGCCAGUGCCUCCCCAGAGGACAUCAAGAAGGCCUACCGCAAGCUGGCCUUGCGCUGGCACCCGGACAAGAACCCCGACAACAAGGAGGAGGCCGAGAAGAAGUUCAAGCAGGUGUCUGAGGCCUAUGAGGUCCUGUCCGACUCCAAGAAGCGCUCGGUGUACGACCGUGCGGGCUGUGACAGCUGGCGGGCUGGCGGGGCCAGCACCCCUUACAGCAGCCCCUUCGACAGCGGCUACAUCUUCCGCAACCCUGAGGACAUCUUCCGAGAGUUCUUCGGGGGCCUGGACCCCUUCUCCUUUGACUUCUGGGACACCCCGUUCGUCAGCGACCGCGGGGGCCGGGGCCAUGGGCUGCGCGGGGCCUUCUCAGCCGGCUUUGGCGAGUUCCCGGCCUUCAUGGAGGCCUUCUCUGCCUUCGACACCCUGGGCCGUGGUGUGGGUGGCGCAGGCCGCACCACCUUCUCAUCCACGUCCUUCUCCGGCUCGGGCAGCUCGGGCUUCAAGUCGGUGAUGUCGUCCACCGAGAUGGUCAACGGACACAAGGUCACCACCAAGCGCAUCGUGGAGAACGGGCAGGAGCGCGUGGAGGUGGAGGAGGACGGGCAGCUCAAGUCGGUGACCAUCAAUGGCAAGGAGCAGCUCAAGCGGGUGGACAGCAAGUAGGCGCCACUUGCACCCGCGCCCACCGCCCAGGCGAUGCUUAAUAAAUGUGCAGAGUGAGUUCAUAGAAAUGGUCGCCCACUUGGUGGGGUAGCUCAGCUGGGUGGCGGGCGGUGGUCGGGCUGCCUGGCGCAAGCUGGUCUUGCAGGGCUGCUGGGUUGGCUCUGGGCUCAGAACCUCCUGCGCCUGCGUCUGCAUUUGUGUGUCGGGGUCAUGAGGGUCAGCGGGCGGGGCGCCCGGCCAGUGAGAGAGCAGCCUCCAGGGCCCAUCCCUGCUCACCUCUGAGCAUGAGGCUUUUGGGUCUGGCUGCUGCCCACCCUCCCCAACCUUCACUCCCUGAGCUCUGCCCCAGAGGCCUCCCCUCUGCUCCUCCCACAACGAAUGCCUCACAGCCUACGGCCCUUUGCACAGGCCACUCGCCCUCCUAAGAAGGCCCUCCCUGCACCUGAUUCUGCUUUCUCAGGGCCCCUCCUGUGUCUCCUGGACCUUCUGAAUUGCCUGUGUGACAGUUGAGAGACUUGUGCCUCCUCAACCACAUGGCAGAUUGCAGGAAGCAGGCUUUGCGCACCUUGUCCUUAGAUGCUCCCCUCGCUGCACUCCCAGAAUCCAGAGCAGUGCUUGGCAUCAAGGAGCAGCACACAUUUUGGUGGAGAAGAGUGUUCCUGAGUGUGGUGUGUGUGUGUGUGAGUGUUUGGGUGCUGGGGUGGGGGGGUGGUGAUCCCAGGCCAUCUAUCUGGGAGGAAGUGGGUUCUGGAGGAGGAUUAGGGAGCUGAGCGGCUCAGGUCCAGAGACACUGUGCCUUGGCUGGGUCCUGAGGGUGGUGGUGGGCAUCCUCUGAGCAGCUUUCUGGGCUGUGGGCAGAGGUGGUAGGGGAGGAGUUCACAGGGUGCCCGUGCCCGCUGCAGGCACAUGAGACGGUGGACAAGUGCAAGGAGCCGUGACAUGUGAUCUGAGGGCUGGGACCUCACUGUUAUGAUCUCCCAGUGACUCUACGUUGUAGGGCGGCUGCAGCCCAAGGGUCACAUGUGCAGAUGCUGUGCAUACGUUUCUGUCUGUAUGUGUAGAGUGUGGAGAAGUGGAUGGUUGCAUUAGUCUGCUGGCCCAGUAGACCAUAAACUCCGCAGAAAAGGGAGCUCUGCUUUACUCGUUAUUGAGCCCCUGCCCCUAACCCAGGGCAUGGACAUGGUAUGUACUUAACAACUCCUUGUUGUACGAAGGCUUUGUGUGGGCUUGAUUGUGUAUGUUUCCCUGUGAGCUUGGAUGAAGUCUCUACAGCUGGCCCCAGGGCUCUGUCCUCUGCAUUGUGUCCUCAAAAUCGGCACCAAGGCUUUGAAGGAGACAUACAAGGCACAGGCCUCAUAUUCUCAUGCACACUCGGCUAGGAGUGGAGCGGAUCCAGAGCUGUUGCCCCAAGUAGAAAUGAGAUGCCCAGACCUUGAAACUGGAGUGAAUAUAAUUCUGCUUUAAAUAGAGGAGGUCAGGAGUUCCCGUUGUGGUGCAGU